UCAGGCAGGUGAAGUUGUUCUGUUCUUCAGUUUGAGAAAUGUUUUGCAGCUGGGGCAGGGGCAGACUGCAAAGUUGAUUCCUCUGCUUCUCUCUUUUGAUGAGAAUUAACAAGUGUUUGAUUCUUCCUUCACAGAGUGAUUUAAAGAAGAUAUAUUUGCCGAAACUAGAGACAGUGUUAUUGCUUUGCCCUUUGCAAUUCAUCGAUGUUUUGUAGCUGGCAUUCCAAUGGAGCCGCCUAUGCUUCUCAGAGUAAGGGACUGUAAUUGAAGUUCAGUUGCUUCCAAGCUCUUACUUUGUCAGGUUUUUGUGAUCUCGUUCCACCGCCUAUGCUAUGCUUCCUAUGAAGUUUAUGUUAUCUUGGUGAAGUUCAGUUGUUUUGUACUUAGCUGUUUAAACUCAGUGGUAACUGGUAAGGGGAAAUGUUAAGUGACUGACCAACAUUCAGCAUGACACUUGAAAGAACUUCAGGUCGACAAACAUUUGGCUUUGACUUGCGCGAGGUUGCAUUGACGUGGCAAAGGAAUGAGGCAGCUGACAUGUGGGUUCGCGUCACUCGACCGGCUCGAACUGCUUUCAUUCUAUUUUUUUACCUCAUUAACUUUACAAGUAUAUGAAAAUAUAAACUGUUUACAAUUUUGGUUUAGAGGCAAUGUCAAUGCCCAUAAUGACGCUGUCUGUUCCUCAAGAAAAUAGUAGCUGCAUACAAAACUUUGUAGAUUAAUGGGAUGUCAGACAACAACCAGAUUUAUCUUUACCUUUAUAUCCCUUUGUAUCUUUAAACCCCGCAAGCAAAGAAUCUGAUGAUGGAUGUGUGUGUGUGUGUGUGUGUAGGAAGCAAAGAAUCCGCAACUUUUAUUUAGAGGGAGAGAAAAAGCAAAGCAGACGCAAGGAAUGUUGCUACUGGUUUCCUCACCCACACUCUAGUUUGCUGCUCGUGUGGUGUAUCUAGGCUUGUUCCAGUGCAGCAGUUCAUCAAGGAAAGGAAGAGAAUUAGAUCCGGAGAUUUCUGCAGAUUGACCAUGGGUUAGAUAUUCCAAACGUAGUUGCUGGUAUUUGAAGGAUUCAUUUGAUUCACUAUGUCUAGACCGGAGGACAUUGAGAUCCAGGCAAAAAACAUCGAUGCGGCAGCAGCAGAGAUAAUUGGUGUUCUGGAGGAUACAAGCAAAGGAAAUGUGAUCUACUUUGAUGGGUGGCGUGGAUUUGGAGCAUCAGCGGCACUCAAGGUAGUUGCCCAACGCCUGAAGUCAUCAAAAUCAAAGUUUGACAAGGUUAUCCAUGUGGAUUGCUCGGUGUGGAAAAGCAUGAGGGCUCUGCAAAAGGCAGUAGCGGAGGAGCUGAAGCUUCCGCAGUGUGUGAUGGCCAGCUUCGAUCGGUGUGACGAGGAGGACGAUUUCAAUGGGAUAGACGAAUGCUCUAGAGGGGUCAUAGAAGAUAUCAAUAGGGAAAUCUUCGAAAAGCUUUAUUACAGUAGAUUUGUGGUGAUUUUUCACAACGGGAGUAGAACAUACAUUGAUUUUUAUGAGUGUGGCCUCCCAGUAAUACCAUUCUUGAGGAACAAAGUGCUGUGGACCUGGCGCGGGAGGUUUCGGCUCGGUCUCGUGCCAGUCAUGAUAGAUCAGGAGGAACUAGCAAAGGCGAGCAUGCAGACUAAUGUUUUUUUGUAUUCUUCUCGUGAACAUGAGGAAGUAGUGCGUGAAGAGGCCGAGGAGGUUGCCAAGUGCACGAGGUUUGCUGAGCCUGGCUACCUGAACCACAAGGUAGUCAGCCAGUGCGUCAUGUACGGAUGGUUACUAAGAAGAAUCACCUCUGCUAUAGGUCUGGACUUGGACGCCCAUGGACCAAACUAUUGGGUCUGUGAUGGGAUUAUACAGGGCCAAGGCAAUACAUCAGCAUGGGAAAUUGGCAAUUCUCUGCAGAGGAACAUGCCCUUAGAUUGGAUGAGGAAGAACCCUAAAGACACAAUUUAUUUGGCAGAUUUGCUUAAGAGAAACAAUGAUCUUGAUGAUGGUCGCUGGGUUUACAUCACACACAAAGAACCUGGAUGGAGUGAUACUGUGCUGGCUCCUGUGGUGACAUCCUUCUUCUUGUAUGCAGAUGAAUCACCAACAAAUACAAUACCAAUGUUGCCAGUUAGCAUGUUCCAACAUUCACAAAGCAGCAAGCUGCGUGUGUUACAUCUGUCUCAUUGCACCUUCAGUUUUGCAUCUCCUCCUUUCUUCAACUGUGUCCAACUAAGAUUGCUGCAUCUGGACCACUGCAGAAAUAACAUAGGCAAGGAAAAGCAUCCAAGCCCUAAUGAAAGCAUAUCAUGUUUCCAGAAGCUAUGGGUGCUGGAUCUGAGGUAUACAGAAUGGUACUGGCUGCUAUCUGAAAAGAUGAAGACAGUGAUGGUUGAACUCAGGGAGUUUAAUGUGGAGGGAGUCAAGCAUGGGAGCAUUAGUGAUUUGUGUGGCGGUAGACCUAGCCUUGUCAUACUUCGAGUAACAGCAGAUCCAGUACAUACGGAGAACGAAGACACAAAUAAUCAAGCACAGUUCCCCAAUAUGUCCAGUACAAACAGUGUUACAAUACCUAGCUACAUCAACAACGUCCUGCCUCCGUGGCUCGAGUCAUUUAGCUUCAUCAACAAAGCUGCAACUGAUGCCAAGAUAUCUAGCAUCUCCUUCCGGGGUUGUUCUCAGUUGAAGAAUAUACUUCUCAGAGGAAAUUUGGGGAGCCUGGAGGAGCUGGACCUCUCGGGCACGUUAGUGAAAACCCUUGACCUCAGAGAAGUGGAAUCUCUAAACCUCAAGUGUCUCAUGUUGCUGGACUGCGAGAAGCUCCGUGCAAUAUUAUGGCCACCAGAAGAUAAAAGGAGAUGGGUUUUGGAGAAGUUGCAGAUCAACACCGUCCAAUCUGCACCACCUAGCCAGAAUAAUUGGGAAGAGAAGAUCAAGGAGGCUAGUCCUACUGCAGGAUCAUCAUCUAUCCUUACAUUUGGGGCUUCACCAUUAGGCACCAGGCGAAUUGCAUCUUUUGACUUCAAUUGGUACAUAUCUGUCAUGGAUCCAAGGCUCAUGCGGUCGCUUCUGCCCUUUCAGCGAUAUAUUGAGCAAGCCUUUGUGUACAUGGAGAUUGAUUCAUCUCCUGCCAGUGGAGCUGCUGUUGGUGGCUGUCAGGUUGCUCAAGGCAUCAGGAGCCAGCAGCAGAUUGCUCAAGCUCAAUACGUAUAUGCAAGUGAUGUCUAUCAAGAGGACCCGCAAGCUGUCAGUGCUAUCGAAGGUGUGAUCAGCUGGAUGUGGGCUUGCCCACCUACUCCUACUCCACUUCCUCGAGACUGGUACUUCCACAUGCAAGACGAAGAGAAGAUGGAAAGAGGAUCUUUACAACAACAACACAACGCCCGAAGGAUUAAUACCGGUGUUUGUUUAGCCCCUGUUUGGAUGUGUGAUAAUGCACGGAUGCUGUAUGUGCAUGAUAGCUAUUCCACCACUUGCAUUCCAUGCCCACAAAGUUCAGACUGGAGGUAUCUUGACUGGUGCCGAGUUGAGAGGUGCCCCAAGUUAUGCUCUGUCUUUGCUACUCCCCAACUAAGUGAUGGUCGGACCGCCUUUUUGUGCUUGUCUACGUUCUGGGCAUCCCAGCUCCCUAUGGCGUCCUACAUCUGGAACUGGAGUACAAUAUACCAACCAACAGGAAGUUCCUUUGAAGACCUAGUAUUCCUGCACCUAGACUAUUGCCCCAGGCUCAAGCAUGUGCUUCCCUUGUCUAAGCAUAUGGACACCCUGCCUAGCCUGGAGACGCUGGAGAUCGUGUGCUGCGGUGAUCUGAAGGAAAUCUUCCCUUUGGACCCUAAUCGCCAAGAGAAGCAGGAAACUAUAGAAUUUCCCAAGCUAAGAAGGAUCCACCUGUACCAGCUCUCCAACCUACAAAGCAUCUGUGGGAGCAGGAUGUCCGCGCCGAACCUUGAGACCGUCAGAAUCCGGGGCUGUUGGGGCCUUCGAUGCCUGCCGGCAGUCAGCGGCAGCACCACCAACCGGCCCAAGGUGGACUGCGAGAAGGACUGGUGGGACAACCUGGAGUGGGAAGGGCUGGGGGCGAAGCACGACCCUUCGCUCUAUGAGCCGAGCCACUCGCGAUACUACAAGAAGGCCCACCUGCCAAGGGUCACCGUUCUCAGGUAAUCAAAUCCAUCCAUGGUCGAUGAUCGCUACAGGCACGUCGGCCCUAUGGUGCUACGGUGCUUAAUUAGCUGAAGCUUUCUCUGGAGUGCGUGUUCAUGUGUGUUGUUGCCUUACUUGAUGCUGCUUGUUUGGUCCGUGUGGUUGUGUGAAAUCUGCAUAUGCAUUGCCAUUGGUUUGGCGGUGCGUCUUCCAGUUCAGUCUGAUUUGAUUUGGUUUAUCUUGAUCUUGUGUGGUUUGUUCAUAUUUUCUUGAUGAAAGCCAUAUAGGCUUCAAAGUAAGUAUGCAUCAUCUGGUUGGAUAGAUGAUGCAGGUAAAAGCUUUGAGAGAAAUAUAAAUAAGAGAGGGCAUUCAGCCUAUGCUGCAUGAGCACCCUGCCUGCUCAUGCUGCUGCUAUCCUGUUGCUCUCCAUUUGGUGUGUGUUGUGGAGUGUGAUUUGUCAGCUACAGACUGAUUAUUGUAAUGCUAAGCAAUUACUUCAACUUCUAUACAAA